AUGGCAUCGAGUGAUGAUCGUCUAAUUUGGCUCGACUUAGAAAUGAAUGGAUUAGAUUUAGAAAAACAUACGAUCGUUGAAAUUGCAGUGGCAACAUCGGACUGGCAUUGUAAAAAUUAUAAAGAAGGUCCUGAUAUUGUUAUUCAUCAUUCACAAGAUGUUAUUGAUAAUAUGAAUGAAUGGUGUGUAGAACAUCAUACAAAGUCUGGUUUAAUAACUCAAAUUCUAUCUAGCCAUGUUUCAUUGUAUGAUGCUGAAUCUGCUGUUAUUGAAUUUCUAUCAUUGGAACAGAUAACACCUGGUUUGGGCAUCUUAGGUGGAAAUUCAGUUUUUGUUGAUCGAUGGUUUAUUCAAAAACACAUGCCACGAUUAGCAGAAUACUUAUCUAAAAAAAUAAUCGAUUGUAGCACGAUAAAAGAAUUAAUUCUUCGAUGGCAACCAUUACGUUUUCGAAAAGUUCCCUAUAAACAAAUGAAACAUCGUGCAUCCGACGAUAUUCGAGAGAGUAUUAAUGAAUUAAAAUAUUAUUACAAACAUAUGUUUAUAUCAUCAGCGAAACAACAAAUACUUCUUCGAUCUCCUCCGUAUGAAUGGGAAAUCAUGCAAAAUCCUAAAACUCAUAUUGUGUGGUUAAAAAUAAAUUUUUUGUAUAACAAUAAAGAUUUCAUUAAUGAUUUAACAAUUAUAAUCACCGAUGGUAAUUUAAAUUUAAUUAAUGAACUCUAUAUUGAAAAUAUUUCAAAAUCAAAUAGUCAAUUACUGAUUGAUUUUUUACAUAAAAAUAUUCUAGUAAACCGUAUAUCACCGUUAGCCGGUGAAUUUGUUGAUGUUGAUCGAGUAGUUAUGAGUCAAAUUUGUCCAGACUUUGUUAAAGUAUGUCAUUAUCGUAACAUUGACGUUGAUAUCAUUUCUACGUUAUGCUCAAAAUGGUUUCCAAACGUUUAUAAACAAAGACCAAUUGUUGAUAAUUCAGCUCAAGUAAAUUCAAGGCCAAAAUUAAAAUCAUAUAUUGAGCUUUUAAAAUAUUAUCGUGCAAAUAUAUUCAGACAAGAUAUGGAUCGUGACAAUUCGUCAAAAUAG